CCGGUAGAUGACCACACCGGAAGAAAGAAGGCUUCUCCGAGCUGUUUUAGCCAACAAAUGCAUCCUAGAGAUAAAAGUAAACACUUGUUAGAAAUUACUGUCAUACAUUUUAGAAUAAUUCUAACAUCAUCAUAAUGCUACCACUGCAGUGAACAAAUUAAGCAAGUCCAAAGGGAAAUAACCGUCCGUAUUUAUCUAGCUGGAGUGCUGAAGCAAGGCAGGUGUGAAUGACUGACGUGGUGCCCCCCUCUGCGCUUAGCGAAAUCAAGCUCCGCCUUCUUUGCCAAGAUGACAUAGAUAGUGUUAAAGUGCUUUGUAGUGAUUGGUUCCCCAUUGAGUACCCAGACUCAUGGUAUCACGACAUCACCUCCAACAAAAAGUUCUUCUCCCUCGCUGCCACAUUCAGAGGUAGCAUAGUGGGAAUGAUAGUGGCUGAAAUAAAGGGCAGAACAAAAGUACACAAGGAGGAUGGAGACAUUCUGGCCUCCAGUUUUCCUGUUGACACUCAGGUUGCGUACAUCCUGAGCUUGGGGGUGGAGAAGGAAUUCCGAAAACAUGGAAUAGGGUCACUUCUGCUGGACAGUCUGAAGGAGCACAUAUCCACCACGGCGCAGGACCACUGCAAGGCCAUCUACCUGCAUGUGCUCACCACCAACAACACUGCCAUUCACUUCUAUGAGAACAGAGACUUUAAGCAGCACCACUACCUACCCUACUAUUACUCCAUACGGGGCGUCCUGAAGGACGGCUUCACUUACGUACUCUAUAUCAACGGCGGACAUCCACCAUGGACGAUCUUUGACUAUAUUCAGCAUAUAGGCUCUGCUCUGGCUAGCUUGAGUCCAUGCUCCAUCCCUCAGAGAAUAUACCGCCAAGCACAGAGUCUUCUUCGCAGCUUCCUGCCAUGGUCUGGCAUCUCCUCCAAGAGUGGCAUUGAGUACAGCAGGACCAUGUGAAGGCAGUGCUGCAUUCCUUUAGAUGCCGGAAUCCAUUGCUUCACUGGAGGCUGUCUUAAUACCCAAGGGCAUCCACAGAAUCUGAAAUGAUGUGAAACAGACCUUUUGGUUUGGCCUCAUGCAGUCUUACACGAUGUACCAUAGCUGUAUAAUAUAUAUUUAUAUAUAAUCUAAUAUUGUCAGUAGUUAGUUGGCUAUUCCUUAAUGUGGACUCAUAGUCUACUUCAUGCCUGUAAUUUGCUGCUAGUAGAAAAAAACAGUCUUUGGUUCACCCAGAUUUGUUUUAAUAUAAUAUAUGCAUAUAUAUAUAUAUAUAUAUAUAUAUAUAUGGAGAGAGAUUUUUAUGUGUGCAACACCAGGUUAUAGUUUUAAGACCAAGAUGGUAUAGCCAUUACCCUAAGGAAAACCACCUUCAUACUGAGUCACUUUUGUGCAUGUGUCAAGAUGGUUUCACUCAGUGUUCAGUAGUUUUAUCUGUAGCCUGACCUCUUGAUACAGUUGAGUUUGUAUAUAUUCUUAUGUUUUAAAAAGAAAAACUUAAUCUGAUUUGUAGAUAGACAAAUUUGGAUCUGAGAUAGAAUUUCAUAUGGCCCAUACAGGAAUAUUGAUUGUAGUGGUAUUUCUGAAGUAAGGCUCAGUGUAGGGCUUGGAGUCUCAGUAAAUACUAUGCCUUACCCAAGUCCUAUGAUCUACUUCAACAUGCUAACUGUUUCAUUCUAAUAUUCAAAAUCAUGUUUACUACAGUUAGAUUAUCAUAUUUAGUAAAAUAGAGAGGGAGCAAGAGUGAGAGCGUGAGAGAGAGAGCGUGAGAGAGAGAGAGAGCGAGAGAGAGCGUGAGAGAGAGAGAGCGUGAGAGAGAGAGCGUGAGAGAGAGAGCGUGAGAGAGAGAGAGAGAGAGAGAGAGAGUGCAAAAGAAGAGUUAGAAUUCAGCUUAGUUAUUUAAAAAUGGAAGACCGGGGAAUGUGUUGAAAUGAUGGAAGUUAUUUGAGUGGAGAUAUUAAACCAGGGCCAUACACUAAAUAAAAUGUGUUACUCUUUUAGAAUUUAUAAAUAAGAUUUUGUUUUAUUUUGUUUUGUUCAAGGUCAGUUGAAAUGUAUGUCUGGGACAUCAGACCACACACCUUGUGCACUUCGAAGUGUGUUAUAUAAAUACAUGUGCUUUGUCCAUUUGUCAGCUACUUUAUAAUUUAAAUGUGAUUUCUAUUUAUGAAUGCACCUGUGUGAGUUUGUUAUUUUGAAUUUGUUACCAGUGCUCAUUGCCGAGCUCACAUGUCUGGGAAUCUUUUUAUAUUAUUAUUUUAGCAUAUGGGGAAUAUUUGAAGUUGAAACAUACCGUCCUAUUGUUAUUUACGGUAAUUGUACAUUGAAAUUGAGAUGAUUAAUAACAGCAGUUGUAGGCCCAGGUUCUUUUUACCGGUAAAAAACUGCACCCUCCUCAGUUUUCUUCAAAUAUAUCAAUCCCUCUGAAAAUUGCAUACUUGACAUCUUGUUUUGCUGUGUUUUGGGGGAUUAUCAUAAUUGGUCUGUCUAAUAAUAUUGCCCAAAUUAAUAGCCCACAACUACUACGGCACAAACACUCAAAUUUAUGUAGAAGUAAGCAAUAGCCUGCAUAAAGCUCCCAUCCACGAGUCCAUCACCUUUCCUUUUAGCAUAUGCAUUUUUAUGAAAUGUUUCAUCAACCUAAGGGUUGCAAAUGAGAAAAUAAAACCAUUAAUCAAAUAA